AUGCCAAAUAAAUUUGAUGCUUAUAAAAGUAGCAGUGACGAUAAUGCAGAAGAAGAAUUUUCUGCUGAAAAAGAGGCAUUGCAGCCUGUUGUUGUACCUCCCGGUGAACACAAACUACAGUGUGCAUAUUGGCUGUGGUUUAGUCGCAGAACUCCAGGAAAGACUUCAUCAAUACAAAGUUAUGACCAAAAUUUAAAAUUGAUCGCCAAAAUAGGUUCAGUGGAACAAUUUUGGGCACAUUAUAGUCAUUUAAUUCGUCCAUCUGAUUUACAAGGACAUAGUGAUUUUCAUUUAUUUAAAGUCGGAAUUAAACCAAUGUGGGAAGAUGAAGCUAAUCAACAUGGUGGAAAAUGGAUUGUUAGAUUAAGAAAAGGAUUGGCUUCACGCUGUUGGGAAAAUCUAGUGCUUGCUAUGUUAGGAGAACAAUUUAUGGUUGGAAAAGAAAUAUGUGGAGCAGUAGUCUCCAUUCGAUAUCAAGAAGAUAUUAUAUCAGUUUGGAAUAGGACAGCUUCGGAUACCUCGACGACUGGACGAAUUAGAGACACUCUUCGACGUGUAUUAAAUUUACCUCCUAACACAAUUAUCGAAUAUAAAACUCAUAAUGACAGUCUAAAGUACAAUUCAAGUUUCAGGAAUACAUAA